AUGCGUUUUGGAUUACCAGACCUCAGUUUUGUAUCCGGUCUUGUAAUUUACUUAGUCAGUUACACUUUACAUGGAUUUUUCUUUGUUCUUUUUUUUGUUUUUAUUUCCAGACAUGCCAGCUGUUUCCCCCUUUCUAUCGAAACCCAGAUGAGAAGAAGACUCACAAUGCCUACCCUCUGUGAGUUGCGUGGCUCAUACAUGCUCCUGGAGUACUAAAUUUUAAAUAUAUCCCCUUUCAUAAACAGUCCUUUUGGACAAAUUCCUGCUCCCUGGGGGCUCCUUCACACCCCCUUAAUGACUAAAGCAGAGCUGCUGUAAAUUAUAUAAGCACGGCGGCCUGCAGUCACACCAGGACAUCAGUCACUGACAUGGCUGUGGAGCGUUCAGAAGGGUUUGUGCCCCUGUGGCCCAACAGAAAGGAAAACACUGUUCAACCAGUUGGCAGACGCCUCAAAAGGUUACAGAUAUUACCGGUGUAUUUUUUAUCGCUCCCUUUCGUCUUCUUCUUCUGUUCUUUUAAGGGUUUAGUGAUCAGGUAUGCAGCUGCCCAUGCCAGUCAUGGUGUCUGUAAAAGUGAGGGUUUGUUUCUGUUUUUUAACUUGUUUUAAAUAUAUUUUUUGGGGCAUUUGUUUUAUUUUAAAAUGUUUGUAUCUUUAUGCUGUGUAUCUGAGAUUAAGGCAAGAUCACAUUUUAUAAUUUUUUUUGCUCUUGACAAAUCUCUUCUUUUUCUUCUUUUUUAUUUUUUUUACAAGCGUUCAACUUGUAAGACACAAUGAGCGAAAAAGCCAAAGGGGUUGCUUUGGAGUGGAGUGUCAGUCAAGCAGCAACACACUGGAGACAACUUAACCUCUGACCCCAACACUCUUUGAAAUGGGUAGACUACUUGACCGGAGCUGACAACAACCCGAGCGUCUCUGCAGCUUCCAAGAGCAUAAAUUGAAUGUGGAAAAAGAAGCACAAAGAGGACAGGGUUGAACAAGAAAAUUCUCAGAUCGGAAAAAGAGUGAAAAGACAUCUUGAGAAAAUUCAUUUAAUCAGUGUCCCUAAAGUGAUAUUAGUAUGUGACUAAUUUUUUCUCAUCUAAAUAAAAAACUCUUCUUCAGAAGUCAUUUCUGGGGUCAUAGAGUUGUGCUUUUAUGAAACUUGUAUUCAAUAGUAAUGAGCACGCUUUAUCUCUGGAACACCACCUUAUCAAGCCUGCUGAAGAGUGGGUGGAUGACUCACAGCAUGCCUUUCCAAAAGUAGCGAGUGCCCACCUCUCACACUCUCCUUGUCUUUUCUCUGUGUCAUACUCUCAGGAUUUUCUACCUCUAUUUUUCUAUUAUGACACACAUGAACCAGACCUUCCUGCUUCUGUCCAGAUGCCGUCAGCUCCUUGAAGACGCUGCUGUUGACAUGGAUAGACCACAAAUCAACGAGACGUUUUCAAACAUCACAGAGAACCCUCUGUCCAGAACAAAUACAACGUCCAGCAUCCCCUCUUCAAGAGGGAGCGACAACAAUGCCUACUUUUACAUCCUGUUUGUCAUGGUCUUUUACUCUGUCCUCGCCAUGGCACUUUUCAAGUGUCUGGGCAGUGACGAGGACGAGAAAAAGGACCCCUAUGAGGAGUUCAUGAGUACCGGGAAGCCGUCGACGCAGAAAUUCAACGCAGACCACAUGGAGGAGAAGUUUGACUUUGAAGAGGAGAGCAGCCUGUGA